AUGGCAGAAGUUGUUGGCUUAGUUGCUUCUAUCGCCAGUUUACUUGACCUCGCUCUCAAGUCAUCUAACGGAUUAUGUGACCUCCAGUUUCAGGUCAGAAACGCACCUCAUCUUAUCCAAGCGCUCGAAAACGAGACAGAGGCUAUCAGGGCAGUUCUUGUUCACGUUGAGAACACGAUACAAUCUACAGCAACAGCUAGACUUCGAAACCCCUGCGGCUCUGCAAUUCUCGGCGACUUGGCGAUUGAACUUAGCAAAGGUGCCGCUGUCUUGAAGGAUUUAGACUCAUUCAUCAGCGGUCUCAAGAAUGAGACACCCACUUUGCAAAGAGUUAAAUGGACUUGCAAAAAGGAGAAGGCAACAGAACUCAUGAAACAGCUCAGAGAAGUGAGAAUCCGUAUCAGUGAGCUCCAGUUAGCUCAUGGAAAAAUGCGAUAA